GGGGGCCGUCAGCUGCCUGCCUGCCCGGCUCCUCCAGGGCCUGGAGCUCGGACGCGGGAUCUGGGGGAUUCUGGGGCGGGGACGCGGGCUCGCGGGGAGCAGUGGCCGCCCCCGGCCGCCGCGUGGCUGUGCUCAGAAGCCGGCCCUGGCGUCAGGAGGCGGGCGCGCGGCGUGGGGGCGCGAGUUCCCCUACCUGCCCGUGCGCCCCGUUAGGCCUUUCCUGGGCCCUAACGACAGCUCGCCCGUGCGUCGCCCUCGCAGCUCUCCCGUGUCCCCAAAAUGCCUUUCCCGCGCCCCCCGCGCUUCUGCGGCGACUGCCCAGGGUGCUCCGUAAUGCCACAGUCGGACAGCCGAGCCUGCCGGGCGCUUCGGGGAGGGCGCUAGGGGCCCGGACGCGGCCGCCGAGCGUAGGUUCCGGCCUUUACUCUCCGCAGCUGCGCACGGAGCCCCAGCUGGGGUUGUCCGCUCUGGGGAUCACAGGCCGCGGAGCCCCGGGCGCCACCCGCCGGCCCCUUCAGACAGCCCGCUUCCGCCGCCGGCCGUGGGACGCAGGCGCCGGGCGGACGCGGCGGCUCCGGCAAGACUCUGGCUUCCCACCCGCCUGAGGCCGCUGGGGCGGGGCUGCAGUGACAGUCCCAAGCGCUACCGCGGAAACAGGAAGUUGGUUGGGUGCGCGCCGGCUCGGGCUGCAGGUCCCGGGUCCCUCGGCCACCGCAGCCGCCCUGCCCAGGUGAAAGGGCUCCCGCACCGCCCGGUGCUCCCCAUCUGCCUGGCGCUCCCCAUCUGCCUGGCGUUGUGUGCAGAGCUGGAAAGCAUGGCUGUUAUAAAUGAAUUCUGAUUUGGGGAAGCAGAUGCCAACUUAGAGCCUCGUACCAAUCUCUCUGUGUUUAAAAGCACUGAGCUGGGUACUGCAGGUUGUGAGGUUCAGGAGGGGGUACGUGGCUAGUAUAAGGUCACAGAGCAGCGCUGCCGUUUGGCUACUUUCCAGUUCAGCAUAGCUGCCAUCUCUGCUGGUGGUAUUCGCAGCAUGCGGGAUAAAAUACUCACCAAGGAACAAGUGGCUAACUCCUCACAGAGCUCUCACGGUUUCCUCUUUCCUGACGAAAAGAGGCACUCCAGCAGAGAACCCAGGCCCUUCAACCAUACUGCUGCAUGGUUCCUGACCCUUGUGCAGUCCGUUCCGAAGUUUCUUACAGAUGAGAAUGUUAACGAAACUAUCACCUUGGUGAGAAGAUCAUUCUAAUAGCUUUAUUCUGGCAUAUGGAGGUAUGGAGAGCUUGAAGGAGUUGGAAAGGUGCCCAGCUAAGACCAGCAUGCCGUCACCCUACCCAGGGCUCUGCAGUUUUCUCAUGGUGAACCCUUGAUGGAUUUGUUGUUGCUUGAGAAAUGGCUAUGAUCGAAGUGGGAUUUGAAGGACAGAAUUUUUAUCCGUUAAAGAGGAAGAGUGCAUUGCUGUUGAAACUCAUAGCUGUUGUCUUUGCUGUGCUUCUAUUUUGUGAAUUUUUAAUCUAUUACUUAGCGAUCUUUCAGUGUAAUUGGCCUGAAGUGAAAACCACAGCCUAUGAUGGUGAACAGGCCUCACAUGAGCCUGUGCUCAAAGCCAUGUUUUUGGCUGACACCCAUUUGCUUGGGGAAUUCUUAGGCCACUGGCUGGACAAAUUACGAAGGGAAUGGCAGAUGGAGAGAGCCUUCCAGACAGCUCUGUGGUUGCUGCAGCCGGAAGUCGUCUUCAUCCUGGGGGAUGUCUUUGAUGAAGGGAAGUGGAGCACCCCUGAGGCCUGGGCGGAUGAUGUGGAGCGGUUUCAGAAAAUGUUCAGACACCCGAGUCAUGUACAGCUGAAGGUAGUUGCUGGAAACCAUGACAUUGGCUUCCAUUAUGAGAUGAACACAUACAAAGUGGAACGCUUCGAGAAAGUGUUCAGCUCUGAAAGACUGUUUUCUUGGAAAGGCAUUAACUUCGUGAUGGUCAACAGCGUGGCGCUGAACGGGGACGGCUGUGGCAUCUGCUCUGAAGCAGAGGCAGAGCUCAUUGAAGUUUCUCACAGACUGAACUGCUCCCGAGAGCAGGCACGUGGCUCCCGCCGGUGUGGACCUGGGCCUCUGCUGCCCGUGUCUGCCCCCGUCCUCCUGCAGCAUUAUCCUCUGUAUCGGAGAAGUGAUGCUAACUGUUCUGGGGACGAUGCUGCUCCUCCCGAGGAAAGGAACAUCCCAUUUAAGGAGAACUAUGACGUGCUUUCACGGGAGGCAUCACAAAAGCUGCUGUGGUGGCUCCAGCCGCGCCUGGUUCUCAGUGGCCACACGCACAGCGCCUGCGAGGUGCACCACGGGGGCCGAGUCCCCGAGUUCAGCGUCCCGUCUUUCAGUUGGAGGAACAGAAACAACCCCAGUUUCAUCAUGGGCAGCAUCACGCCCACAGACUACGCCCUCUCCAAGUGCUACCUCCCACGUGAGGACGUGGUUUUGGUCAUCUACUGUGGAGCGGUGGGCUUCCUUGUGGUCCUCACACUCUCUCACUUGGGGCUUUUAGCCUCACCUUUUCUUUCUGGUUUGAACUUGCUCAGAAAGCGUAAGACAAGAUGAAGAGCAGGCGCCAUUGUAAGUAUCAAAGCCCAAGAAAUGGAACUUUGGGCAGAGAUCGAGUAGAUGAUGAGACCAAUUACAGGCCGUCUCUCUGCACAUUACAGAAAUUCUCAAUCACUGACACGAGUAACUGCAAAAUAAAUAGUUGAUUGUACUGUUCUCAUGCUAGCAAAGUGGACAGGUACUCUACAACACAUCUGUUUUCUCAUUUUUAUCAAAUAUAUGUAUCAUCGAAGGUUGCAUCUGUACAGUAUUAAAUGCUAUUAAUGUCGUCACUCACAUGCACGACAGUCCUUGUUCCCCCAGGAAGGGCCUGGUGGCCCCAGCACACACUUGGGAUUAUGUGUAUACGUAAAUAUUGGGCUGUUUCCCUCGUCCUGUGAAGUGGUUCUCGAAUUCCUACGUACCGUAAAGCUGUACCCUUGAAAGUACAGAUGUGGCCGGGCGCGGCGGCUCACACUUGUAAUCCCAGCACUUUGGGAGGCUGAGGCAGGUGGAUCACUUGAGGUCAGGAGUUCAAGACCAGCCUGGCCAACAUGGUGAAACCCCUUCUCCACUAGAAAUAGAAAAAUUAGCCUACCGUGGUGGCACACGCCUGUAAUCCCAGCUACUUGGGAGGCUGAGGCAGGAGAAUCCCUUGAAACCGGGAGGCGGGGGUUGCAGUGAGGCCGCGAUCGCGCCAUUACACUCCAGCCUGGGCAGCACUGCGAGACUCCGUCUCAAAAAAAAAUUAAAAAAAAAAAGUACAGAUGUGAUAUGCAGAACAUAUUGUUUUCAUAGAUUUUUAUACUUGAUCAAUUAAUGGAAUCAGAUUUUUAAAUAAGUGUAAUUUUCUCUCUAGGAGACCAAGUUGUUACAUCUAAUAAUGCCUGUCAGUGAUCAAAAGAAACUUGAAAAGUAGAAUGGGAUAUGGCUUUUGGUACCUGAAAAUAAAUGCUUUAAUAAUUGUAAGCCAGA